AGGCACCGCUCUGCGUUUCUCGGGUCCUUCAGGUGAAGUGAGCCACCUUUGAGCAAGCCCCGAAGCCUUAGUAUUACCACUAGAGAUACCACUUCUACUGCAGCACAACAGCAAACAAAUCCUGCUACGACUAUUUCUGCAACUACGACUACAAUAACUACUCCUACUAACAUGCUGUAAGUCAGAGCGUUGAUAGCACUGCUAGUACAUGCAGCUGUAAUGAUAAGGCCAGUGGAAGGAACAGCAGCAUACGCAGUAUUUACAGAAAUUGCUGUUGCAUAAAAAAUAGUAUGAGAACACCGGUGGAGGGGGCGCGCCCCCCGUCACGGACGUUGCAGGUUCAGCUAAUCUUUAAAAACAACUCUCCACGCGCGCGGCCGGGCCUGAUCACGCGGCGUGGGGGAGAAGGGGGAGAGUGGCGACGAGUGGAGGCGGGCAGUGCCAGAAGCGAGAAACGCGCGCAGCGCGAGAGCGACGCGGUGCUACAGGGUGAGCGCCGCAGGCAGGCAGCCCGACCGAGGCAGACACGCCCGCACGCGCACGCACGCCCGCACGGCACAACCAGGGCGGCCCCUGUGGAGGAGGAGGAGGAGGAGGAGGAGGAGGAGGAGGAGGACCAGAGGAACCCACGGCUCAAAAAGACGUGGCGAGACUCCCGCGCGCGGGGGCCCUGCUCUCACGCAGAAGACGGUAUGGCAGGCGAGACGGGCGAGGGAGAGGGAAGGAGGGAGAGGGAAGGAGGGAGAGGGAGAGGAGGGAGGUUAGAGCGAGGGUGCAGGAAAGCAAGCGGGCGCCCAGCAGCCACCAAGCCGGCGCAGGGCCGUAGCACGAAGCCGAGGCAGGGUCGCGCAUCUUUGCAGCCCGUUCACAAAAAUUAAUCGGGGCAAGCUACAGAUCGCACCCGCAAGUCGAGCGUCGGCCUAGGGAUGUGCAUCUUUGCACUGGUCUGUAUUUCAGUGGGCGCCCGCUGACCACCUCACCGAUCCUGGCCAGGCGCAUCUCAUGCCUUGGAUCGGCGUCCCAGGAUCAUCUCCGACGACUCGUUGCAUAAUUUGUCAGAAUUAAGCGCCCGCGGCGGGCAGCGUCAGAGCCUCGCAGACUAUCGCACACGUGGAAUUUACCCGCGGAGCGGUGCGAUCUCUUCUUCCUCGCACCCCCGUGCUCUCCUCCGGUUCACCUCUCUAUCAGCAGGCCCGCGGCUGCAAGUGACACGGUGAGGCACCCUAACAGUGCCGGGAACCCUAAAAAUUGUAGCAUGACUUCGCUAGAUUGGAAUGUGGCAAAAACAAUAUUGCUCAAUGUAGCUGGACACGUGUCCCCUCC